GUCUUGUUUCACGAGCAAACUGAAGCCGUUUCGUUAGAUUAUAAUAUGCGCGCUUGUGUUAUUUGUUUACCCUCAAGAAAUGACAGACCAACUCUCUUUGAAAGCGUUGCAAGUCGUACUGGUCGGGGAGCAUUUGAGGAACAGGCUGCACGCUGAAGAAGACCCUGUUAUGAUCAAAGAUAGGCGAUAUCACUUGAGGAUGUACUCUUGUUGUUUUGUUGGUCGCGAUUUGGUUGACUGGUUGAUUCGACAUGGAGAUGCAAGUUCGCGCGGAGGGGCUGUGCAGUGCAUGAACGUUCUUUUAGAUCACGGUAUAAUUCACCACGGUAAGGGAAACGCAAGCGAAGAAGGGAAAAAGUCUUGUGUCUUGCAAAUUGCCAGUUAAGUUACUCUGCGUCUGUGCACACAUUUUUUUAUUAGCGUUGAUUUGGACUUGGGGAAGAAACUGGAAAGUAAGAAGUACAUGCAAAGUAGAUUAUUGCGUCGUUAUCUGCGAUGAUAUUCUUUCUUUUUCUUUCUUUAUGUCGCGGUUCCAAUUUAAAUUCACAUUACUAGCAUUUCAUGUUCAUCUUUCCCGGCUAUAGUGAUAUUAGAAACCAAUGUAAUGUCCAAUAUUCCUAGUUGGCUUACAAGGUCAAUCGGCCGUUUUUAAGCACAGCACCGGUAUCACAGAGGUCAGAGUUCAAUUCCUGGCCAACCUGAUUUUUUCAGGGUUUCUUUUCACAAAUGCAUAAGUCACGUCUUCAACUGGGAUGAUCCUCUUUGCAUUUAUUUCUUCAUUCUGUGGUUUCAGUAUAUUCAUCAUUUGAAACUGAAAAGUAUUGGAUGGGGGCAUGGUUGGUAAGAUGCACUUUAAGAAAUAAUUCCAUGUGUAUUGCUGGGAUCAUGAAAUCUCGGAAACCUUAGCCUUUCCUAGACUAAAUCAUAUGACUGAAUUAGCACUCCUACCCGACCCUCAGACCUGGCCUGUAAAAAGUGUAGUACUUAUAUUCAAAACCUGUCAUUGUACUAUUUUAAAACCUGGUAUACAAAUCCACACUGGCCAUGACUUCACACCCAGCCUAUGCCCACAUUAGACAUGGUUGAAAUCUUAGUGACAGCCCUGUUUCUAUACCCUACCCUAGAGUAGACUGAUGACUACCCUUCACAAUGGCAAAUGUAAUCAUAUAGCUCACUACCCCACCUUACAAGGAGAAUCUCCAAUGAUUAAGAGUUCUUGGAAUUUUUGUCUUGGCAUAGCUCUUCAAAGCUAGGACUUAGAUAUGUGACAAAUAAUCUUACUGUACCCUUAAACCUGGCCUGUAAAAAGUACAGUACUGAUAUUCAAAAGCUGUCCUUGUACUAUUUUUAAACCUGGUACACUAAGCCUAUGCCCACAUCAGAGCUACAUGUACAACAUUUGUUAUUUGAUCAAAUGUUUAAAAAAAACCAGCAUCCAUUGCAACAGUUAAGGAUGAGCUAGCUUCCCUUUAGAAGACCUUGAUCCAGCAUGGUCAGGGCCCCAAAAAAGUCCCGUAUGGUAGUCCGGGACAAGUAGGUUUUCUUUUUGGAUGGGUAAGAGUCCAGACAAGUCAUCUUCUGACAAAGUCAUUGACUAAGAUGAGCAAGAAGUGGCCUUGGACAAGGAAAAUGCAACAGCUGGAAUCAAGGUUUUUCAUGCCCCGAUUUUUUGUUGUCUUAAUAUGGCGUAGAUAGGUCUUGAUGGUUUGUUUUAUUUAUUGCUAGUGUGCGAUGAUCACCAGUUUAAAGAUGAGAUGUUAUUCUACCGAUUCCGACGGGAUGAUGACACAGUUGUUCUCAACCCUGACCUUGUUGUAGUUUAUCGUGGCUGUGACAUUUAUCACAGGUAAAGAGAUUGACACUCAAACAAACCCUUGCUUCCACUUCCAGCAUGCAAUUAGCAGAUACCUUUCCNCCGACCCUCAGACCUGGCCUGUAAAAAGUGUAGUACUUAUAUUCAAAACCUGUCAUUGUACUAUUUUAAAACCUGGUAUACAAAUCCACACUGGCCAUGACUUCACACCCAGCCUAUGCCCACAUUAGACAUGGUUGAAAUCUUAGUGACAGCCCUGUUUCUAUACCCUACCCUAGAGUAGACUGAUGACUACCCUUCACAAUGGCAAAUGUAAUCAUAUAGCUCACUACCCCACCUUACAAGGAGAAUCUCCAAUGAUUAAGAGUUCUUGGAAUUUUUGUCUUGGCAUAGCUCUUCAAAGCUAGGACUUAGAUAUGUGACAAAUAAUCUUACUGUACCCUUAAACCUGGCCUGUAAAAAGUACAGUACUGAUAUUCAAAAGCUGUCCUUGUACUAUUUUUAAACCUGGUACACUAAGCCUAUGCCCACAUCAGAGCUACAUGUACAACAUUUGUUAUUUGAUCAAAUGUUUAAAAAAAACCAGCAUCCAUUGCAACAGUUAAGGAUGAGCUAGCUUCCCUUUAGAAGACCUUGAUCCAGCAUGGUCAGGGCCCCAAAAAAGUCCCGUAUGGUAGUCCGGGACAAGUAGGUUUUCUUUUUGGAUGGGUAAGAGUCCAGACAAGUCAUCUUCUGACAAAGUCAUUGACUAAGAUGAGCAAGAAGUGGCCUUGGACAAGGAAAAUGCAACAGCUGGAAUCAAGGUUUUUCAUGCCCCGAUUUUUUGUUGUCUUAAUAUGGCGUAGAUAGGUCUUGAUGGUUUGUUUUAUUUAUUGCUAGUGUGCGAUGAUCACCAGUUUAAAGAUGAGAUGUUAUUCUACCGAUUCCGACGGGAUGAUGACACAGUUGUUCUCAACCCUGACCUUGUUGUAGUUUAUCGUGGCUGUGACAUUUAUCACAGGUAAAGAGAUUGACACUCAAACAAACCCUUGCUUCCACUUCCAGCAUGCAAUUAGCAGAUACCUUUCCAGUUUUGUUUCAAUUUGCCUUGUAAUAAAAGCACAGAGACAGUGUCGUCUCUCUCAGGCUACCAGUUCCUGGCCUUGAGUCUUAAAAAUUCCCACAUCUUUUGUCCUGUGUGUCCUGUCUCAUAUUUUGUUUGUACAGUAUGCAGGUAACACUGCUUUCUUUUAGUCACCAUGAUUAAUUUUAAUAAGUGUUAUAAAAAAGGUUUUUUGUCCCUUUAUGGAACGAUGCAUGGUCAAUACAUAUUAUUAUUCAUUCAAAAUAUUUUGCCGUUUCUGAUUUUCUUAAAGCCUCCACCUAAUUCUUCAUAACCAAUUGGAGCUGACCAUAUUUGAAAGAUGCGAGCAAUAUACCUUCAAUUCGAUGGCAUAUUUGAUUUUUAAUGAGGUUGAUCGAUGGUUUAUUUGAUUGGAAAUGAGGCUGCAUAGGCAAUAGAGCACCGACCAACACCCUUUCCAGGCUCCGGUGACUAGCUGUAUCUUCACGAGUGAACUAAAACAUAGAGUUCACCGCGAUUCAAAGAAAGCUGAACGGAAGCAGGGAGCAAAGAAAGUCAGUUUUACAGCUUGCCAUUCGGACAAGCUGUAUCUAGCAUGUACUAGCCCAAAAUUCUUUUCAACUAGCCCCCAAAACUUUUUUGACAAGCAGGAUUGAUUACACAGUUCUUAUGUAAUUUGAAUUCCUCAAAAAACUCCACUUGCCCAUCGGGCAAGUUAAGAGCAGAAUUCACUAUCCCAGUAGCAAAAUCCACUAGCCCCGGGCUAUCGGACACUACUUUCUUUACAAGCUGGGAAGAAAUGCAAGAAUAUGCAAGACACAUUGCUGGAUGAAAGUUAUCUACUUUUUGAGGAGUUUCCACAAGAGAAAACAUCUGUUUAUAUCCUUGUGAAAUCAUGCCAAUUGAAUGAAGUUUAGAAGAAUGUCUACAAGAAAGAAAGCUUGUUAAGAACUUAGAAAUAUUUUGAAUGAAUAAUAAAGGAAUUAUUGAAUUUGGCUUUUGUACGAUGUGAAAAAGUAUGCAGAUCUCAGAGGAUGUUAUCCACCUCGGCCUUCAGCCUCAGUGGAUAACAUCCUCCUUCAUCUGCAUAAUUCUUCACAUCCUACUCAGCCUCAUAGGCCCAGUUGUUUGAAAGGUGGAUAAAUCUAUCCACUGGAUAAAAGUCUGUCCAGUAGAUAAAGCAAUAAGUUUCCCUAAUACUUAUCCGAUGGGUAGUGAUCCAGUGAAUAGCGCUAUCCAACAUUUCAACAACAGUACUGGGGCCUGUCGUCUUGCAUAUUGAGGAGGAAGCCAUGUUGCUGUCAGUAUUUUACUAUUUUAUUUGCUCUUUUCUCUGUUGCUGUUGCAGUUUCAACCCAUGUUUGUAUCGUUUGUCACCAUUUCUACUGUCCCAUGUCAUUGUUUAAGGCCAUGUCACUUGUUAGAAUUUUACCCUAACAGGACCUCAUUACUGGGUUCCUAUCCUGGUAUAUUCCUGAAAAUUACUUAAAAUGUCAAAAGCUUAACAAAAAGUGUCAGUUAAUGGCAGGGGGAUGUUCUUUAACAAGCUCAGUCACUCUGCUAAGAUCACCUGCCACUGUGUAUUGACUGCAUGUAGAAUUACUCAAGGGUAAGCAGAGUUUUUAAGAGUUAAAAAAAAGAGAAAGGAAAAUUUAAUUUAACAGGGAAUAGUAGACUUGGGGGGCCGGAUGUGUAUUACUGGUUUUUUAGCUGUUGAAAUUGAUUUCCUGUUAUUCUGUUGAUAUUUUAAUGAGAAACCCUCUUACAUUUUUCACCCACUUCCUCACUCAUAAUGAAGUGAAUGUCAAUUUCCAUACAGGGCAAAGAAUGAGGACUGCCAUUUAAUCAAGUCACGUCCUUGUCAUGACUUUGUGUACCGAAGUUGUUUCACAGGCGUUGAACUAGUGGACUGGUUGAUACAAAGUGGUGAAGUAACCGAUAGAACUCAGGGAUUAAUACUUGGGAAAGAACUCUUAGAUCAAGCAAUCAUUAAACAUGGUAAGGAAAGUCUAUUAAUAAAUGCAUGGAAGUAGGGGAAUUACCAAAUUUUUCUCAAACGAAGAAAAGGAGGAGGAAGCCUGGCUUAGCAGCAGUGCUAGAAUUGCAAUCUGGUGGCCCCAAUAAUAGUUCAUAAUCCCACACUGACUGCUAUAUCUGGAUUUAUUCUUAGUAGUUUUGAGUUAAACAUCAUCUGCCAUGCUUGUAAAUAGCCAAGUGGAUGACCUCCAGUCAUUUGGGACUCAUUCCUUCUUGACCUUUAAGGCAAGAGAAUAAUUUGGAUCUUUUAUUUUUAAAUUUUUUAGGGAUAUAACCAAUGCCCUUUUUACAUGUCACUAUAAAGUGCUUUCACAUAAGACAAUUUGCAAUGAUGAUUUUCAGCAUAACACAGCGUAGCAAUGUUGGAGCAAUGUUGCAACCAUUCAAAACAAUGUUGCAACAAUGCUGUAAUACUGUGUUGUGCUAAAAAUCUUUGUUGCAAAUUGUCCCAUGUAACAUCACCUUUAGAAACAAGAAGGAAACUGGGCCAAGCUGAUUUUCACAAAGACUUCUGGGAUCGUUACUAGGGACACGCUGGUCAGCUGUUUCCCUGUCCCUAGUAACAGUCAGAAGUCUUUGCAAAAGUUUUUUUUUUAAAUUUUCUUACAACUCUUUUAGUUACAGACGAAUUUCACUUUAGAGAUGAAAACAUCUUCUAUCAGUUCAUGAUUGAUAAAGUAGUAGCCAGGAAGAUGAUUGACACUUUGGGUAUUGUGGAUGACAAGGCUCCUGGUUCACCAAGGAACUUUAGACGUCGGAAUCUUCCUCCAUUAAAUACACAGCGAUCUAGUCCUGUUCCCUUUUUAAAAGAAAAGCCAGGAAUAACUGAGCCACUUGGUAGGUAGUUUGGCGUACCAGAAUACGUAUCAAUGUGGAAAGGGUGGGUAAUGGCUACAGAUGGUGGGGAUAACAGCAAUGUUAUUACAUAAGAUCUAAUAUAUUGGUUCACCUAUGAGGAACCAAACCCUGUUCACUACAUCCAAGGGAGACGUGAAACCACUUUUCUACAGGCAAAUCUCCUGCUAUUCCAGCAGUGAGGGCAUAUGCAACCCAAUUGGUGGUGGAAUGGCUCCAAAUACCAUACAUACGUCAUACUCAUAGCUGUUACUUACAGAAAUGACAUUGAGGGAAUGGAAAAUUAGCUGUUUUAAAAUCUAGCAAAUGACAGGCUUUUUAAAUGAUCAUUGGCUGCCAUUUAUUCAUGGAUUAAAAGAAACUUUUACCCACUUUAAUGUAGUGUUGUUGUCAUUAGUAAAACUUAGUCACAUUUUAUUAGUGCACAUGUGCUUAAAAAGUUACAUGCAGGUUAGGUUAUGUAUUACUCACGUAAUAAUACUUGUGGAUGUGCUUUAACAUUUCAUAUUUCAGUCUCGCGAUAGUAUUAUGGAUAACAGUAUUUUAGUUGUUCGGGCUGUCUGAUUUGAAAGUUGAUUAUCUUUCCCAGUUUAGUCAAUGUAACCAUAGUUAAUGGAGGUGACUGGUUAUGAAGCCCGGCAAACAUCAAAGGAGCAAACAAAGAUGCCAAGAUUUAGGUUAGAAGGUCCACGACCCUGCACAAUCUUUUGUUUUGCGUUCAUACGUUAUGCAUGAAUUACGUAACCAGCACGUUUCUAUUGGUUANCCAUAGUUAAUGGAGGUGACUGGUUAUGAAGCCCGGCAAACAUCAAAGGAGCAAACAAAGAUGCCAAGAUUUAGGUUAGAAGGUCCACGACCCUGCACAAUCUUUUGUUUUGCGUUCAUACGUUAUGCAUGAAUUACGUAACCAGCACGUUUCUAUUGGUUAGUUCCUCAGUACGGAGUAAACAACUAUUGUUUUUUGUGCAGGGUCAAGGCCAAAAAAGAGAACAAAAACAUACAACAAAGAACUUUGUCGGGUUUCAUAACCAUUCCCUCUAUUAACUAUGAUGUAACAAAAUAAUUUAUUAAUAAAAAUGAAAUUUUAUAUCAUAAUAAUUAUUAUCAUGUCCUUUUGAAAAGCUAGUUGUUAGAGUAUCUAUUCACAGUCAUGUAAUAUUCAUUAUCCUGUGCAAUAACAUAUUAGGCAUUAUAUAAACCUGAAUAAUAUAUGCAAAGUUGUCAUUUCACAAAGAGUGUCAGCGAAAAGGGCCAGCCCUCUCUCCCUUUCUCAGACAUAAUUAGAACUUGGAGUCUUUUGUCGUGUUCCUCGACAGGGAUCUCGUCCCGUACCUUAAUGCUAAUUAAGUCAGAGAGAGCUGAGCUUUGGCUGAAAGUACAGCGCUUGUUAAUCACUUCUUUCAAGCAAUAAGAGCACCUGUAUUUGCAGGGUAGUGGGUCAACCUUUCAAACUUUUCUAAAUGAAUUAAUUUGUAAUUUUCAUAAAGUUGCCUCAAGCCUUUGUUUCAAAGCAAGGCUACUUUCAAAGGCUUUGAUAUGAAAAUGAUUCUUUUAUUCUCAUGCAAAUAAAACUCAUUUUCACAACAACGAAUUUGUACCACUUAACAUUGUUUUGUAAGUGAGGUUUUUUUGGAACUCUGAAAUGGCCCAUUAACCCUUUAAGUGUCAAGAGUGACGAAAGUCAAUUCUCUCCUAACAAUAUCAAUACAAAACCAAGGGAAAAUGUUGUGAGAAUAUAUAAAGUAAUCACUUCAUGGAAGGGAAAAUGCUUUGAUCUUCAAACAAAUUCUCCCAACUAAUUCAUUAAGGAAAUGUAUGGAGAUCAGUCUUGAGAAUUUGUACUUGGAUAUUUGGGCUUAAAGAGUUAAGACUGCCUACCCCCAGGAUUGAAGAGGUCAUUAUUUUUAAGUAAUGGAUUGCUAUUUCUUGCCUAUUUCUAGAUUACUCACCAGACAGCCCAGAGUAUUUCCCAUCCAGUGCCAGCCCAAGUCAAUCACCCAGACCAGGUUAUUCACAGUGGCCAGGCCAUUUUAUUCAAAACUAUUCUGCUAUGUCAACGGGGGUGGGGGAGUCAAAAUGUGCAUUAAUUGUUUCCUUAAUUUAUUGUGGUUGACCAGGAAAAUACAAUGAUACUGUAUUUCCUCAAACAAGUAUUGUAUGCUUUCUCUAAUAGUUGCUGUCCUCCAAGUAACUGCCAACCCCCUUGGUCAAAGUUGUAAACGAAUUUGUCACUUUUAACAGCACUUUGUGAAAAAAUUAAUCAUCUAGCUUAAUUUUUUAAAACACUACUUCACUCAAGUCCUUGUUUACUCUGAAUCCAUUUACCAUUAACUUCCGAAAGUAAUUACCCUCGUUACUUUCUGAUUUAGCAGCCUUUCCCUAUCGCUACUUUUGGUGGGUCGCUACUUUCAGGAGGUCACUACUUUUGGGUGAAACGUAUCGUACAUGGACCGUACAAAGUUACAACAAUAAUAUCGGGACGAUUGUGAGAACAUCCACACUUUUUAUUUGGAGAAACUUAUUUCAUUUUAUUGCUCUUUAAAUAAAUAUUUAAAAGAAUUGUUUGAUUAGGUUGUGGGUAUUCACAGACAAAAGGAAGACUUUUUGAAGAAAAAAAUGAUGUAAUGUAUCUUUUGAGUUACAUAAAGGAAUGCCUAAGAUCAUUAUUAUCGUUAAAAUGUAUAUCUUUAAUUUUUGUUAUUUCUAGAAGGGAAAUCACUUUUGAAGACGUCACUACUUUCGGAGGGUUGCUACUUUCGAAGGGUCGCUACUUUCGGGGAGGGGGGGGUUGUUACUUUGGGAAGUUUAUGGUAUUGUACAAAAAACUGUCUCAAAGUGGUCAAUAUAAAAACUCUGAGUGCAAACAUUGCUUUUUUUCUCUUCUUCUCCCCUUCUCCUCCCCCUACAUAUUUUUUCCUUUUCCUGUUCUAAUGUAAUUUUUAACCUUGUCAGAGACAAAAAUACCUUGCUUUGGACUUAUUCCAGUCAAAUAACUGUACUUUAAAUAAGAAGUUAAAUUAAAAAGUUGUGUCCCAUAGCCCAGGGCUAGUGGAUUUUGCUAUUGGGCUAGUGAAAACUGUUCUUAACUUGCUUGAUGGGCAAGUGAAGUUUUUCAAAGGAAUUCAACAGAUGAACUGUAAUCAGCCCUGUUGAUCUGGAAUUCUUGGGGGGGGGGUAGUUAAAUUGACUCUUGCGCUUGUAUAUGCUAGCUACAGCUUGCGCGAAAGGCAAGCUGUAAAACUGACUUUCUUUGCACCCUGGACUUUUUUAGCUUUCCUCGUUGCUAGUAGUUUAAUAAAAUGCAUUCUCUUAAUGUACUGUAAUCUAGCUAUUCAAUCAUUGAUUGUUCAUUGAAAUUGAAUUACUUCAAAAUGAAGGUUAUAGAUUUUGUUCUUUACCUUUUAAAGUUGACUUGUAAUUUUUUUAAAUUUUAUUGAAGUUAUUGUCAGAGAAAUUUCUACCGAAGAACUGUUGGAUCCUAAUGGGCCUUAUGUUACCAAAAAUAUCAGGGUAUGUUGUCUGCAACAUGAUUUUAUUGUGAUGUGUAAUAGUAAAUGUUAUUGUUCCUUACUGAAGCCAUUCCUACAAACGAGAAAAUUAUUAUUAUUAUUAUUAUUAUUACUAAACUGUAUUAUUAUUAUUACUGCCCUGUGAGUUUUCAAAGUCAAACUCAAACUAUUGAUGAAGCAAGUGCUACACAGCCUUCUCCCUAAUAUCCAGUUCCACAGUCUUCACUACCUUUACUCUCUUUGUUCUCUCAUUGUAUCAAGUUUUAUGUACAAGUCCAUGUAGCUUCCUCAAGCUAAAAGUUAAAACAACUUUAAUUUGCCCCCUUAUCUUCUUCAGGUCAAGAGUGAUGCAGUGGGGUUUGGGUUUGUAGUUCGGGGUUCGAGUCCAGUGUACGUACAAACAAUAGAUCCAAAAGGACCCGCAGCAGCUGCUGGGUUAAAGGUAUGAGAGAAAAUUUUAGUAGUCACCAUGCCCAUGGUUCCACUUGAAAAGAACCAUCCUUUUAAUCAUCUUGCACAAUAGCCUUCACUACUUUUGGACUCUUUUAAGCUCCAUCUUCUUCAAACUAACACACACAGUAACCAACGUUUGUCACAGAGUACAUGUGUAUCUUGCACAAUAGUAUGAUGAAAAAUUUCUUGAAUCCACUUUGCUUGACCAAUGCUUCUUUUUUCAUUAAAAAAGACCCUGCAGCCACUUGAGCUUCAAAUUGAUAGUCUCAAGUAUUUAAUCUGUCCAGUCAUCAUGUCUAACGGCAGAGAGGAUUUCAUACUCGUCUGACACCAGCCAUAGUAGUAUUUAGAUUCAUCUUAGCUCCAAGACCAGGUGCUAUUUGCAGCUCUGAGAAUAAGAAAAAGAUGGGCAAAGGUUUUUUCCCCUCUUAAAAAAAGCAUGUGGUAAUACUAAAUGCUAAUCUACUUACUCAUCUCACCGCCCACUCAGAAACAAAGGGUUAGCUGUCCAUUAGAUUCCUCAUGCAGAACAACAUACUAACUCAGAUUCACACCACUCAGAACAAGCUCUUUAAACUGGCGAAACAAAAAGUAGUAUUCUUUUUUUUUAAACAAUAACGCCAACAGUAAGUUCUUAAUACCUUCUUGGUACAAUUUGCCUCUGUGCUAACUAUUGACAAGAAUCUAUGUAAAAAUUGUUACUGGUACAUUUAAUUUGUUUUUUGAUGUGCAUUUCCUUUUUUCCCCACAACUUUGAUGUGUGACUAAGAAUGUUUUGUAUUACGCGACAAAUUUGUCAGAUAUUUGUGACACCUGUAGAAAAAGAGUUAACGGGGAAAUCAUAUGCAGCUUACUAGUAUUAGGGCUUGUUUACUUCAUUAACCAAUUAUUGGUUAAUGAACUAGACAACCACACCAUCAUGAGAAUCAAACCUUACUUAAGGGCUAUUAUCAUUUAUGAAAAACUCCUUUUUUUCAGUUCAACAGUUGCUUGAAAGCUAUUAUUCUAAUGUGUCACUCAUUGACCAAUAAUCCUUUUCUCGCCUUUCUCGCCAUGCAGGUCCGAAUGUACUUAAAGUCUGUAAAUGGAAAAGACGUUCUGUACUGGAAUCACAAACAGGUGUCCCAGGAGAUUCUCAGAGGGCAGAAUAUAGUCAAUCUUGAAGUCAUGACACAUUUCAAAGGCAACCAAUGAAUCAUUCAAUUNUCAUUUAUGAAAAACUCCUUUUUUUCAGUUCAACAGUUGCUUGAAAGCUAUUAUUCUAAUGUGUCACUCAUUGACCAAUAAUCCUUUUCUCGCCUUUCUUGCCAUGCAGGUCCGAAUGUACUUAAAGUCUGUAAAUGGAAAAGACGUUCUGUACUGGAAUCACAAACAGGUGUCCCAGGAGAUUCUCAGAGGGCAGAAUAUAGUCAAUCUUGAAGUCAUGACACAUUUCAAAGGCAACCAAUGA